AUGGAAGAGGAGGGUUUUUGUAGAAUGAUGGAGGGAGAGCUGCACAAGCUAUGUAGAGUGGAGAAUAGACAACUGAUUUCUACUAUAUUUAAAGGGGUGCAAGAAGCAGUGAAGAAAUGGUCUAGGAAGGGGUAUUUAGAGUUCCCCGGGAGAAUAAAUAGGUUGGAGAAAGGAAUUCAUGAGAAGGAACUUCAAUUGCAACAAGGUCUCCCCUUGGUGUCUAUGAAGAAUUUAGUGGAAGCAAAGAAAGAGCUGUGGGACUUGUAUAAAAAAGAGGAAUCAAUUUGGCUACAAAAGUCAAGAUUGAAGUGGAGUUUGGAAGGGGAUAAGAACACUAGAUUUUUCAACCAAUGUGCAAGAGGUAGAGGAAGGAGAAAUGGUAUCAAAUCCAUCAAAGUAGACAAUGAAGACAUUUCAGAUCCAGAAUUAAUUAAAUCUUCAGUGGUGCAUUUCUUCAAGGGGUUGUUUAAUCAGGAAAAUACAUUGGAAGUGGAGGAACUGGACCUGGAUUUUUUACAACUCUCGGAACAUCAGAGAUUGGCCCUUGAGAAGCCUUUUUUUGAAGAGGAAAUUUGGGGUGUAAUUGCUAACUCGGAUAGUAACAAAUCACCUGGCCCGGAUGGAUUGAAUUUAGAUUUUUUCAAGAAGUUCUGGUCAAGUUUGAAGGAAGUUCUGUUGCUGUUUUUAAGGAAUUUUAUGAGGGAAAAGAUUGGGAUAAUGACACCAAUCACUCUUUCCUUUCUCUUAUUCCUAAGAAGGCCAAUCCGGAGGGCAAAUGAGGGCAUUGAGUGUUGGAGGAAAAAAGGAUUGAAGGGAGUUGUUUUUAAGGUUGAUUUCAAGAGAGCCUAUGAUUCGGUUGAUUGGAGGAUAUUGGUGAAAAUAAUGAGCAAAAUGGGGUUUGGUGAUAGAUGGAGUUCUUGGAUGUACAAGUGUAUCUCAACAGCUUCCAUUUCGGUUUUGGUAAAUGGCACACCUACAGAGAGAAUAUACACUACUAGAGGAUUAAGACAGGGUUGUUCAUUAUCUCCUAUGUUGUUCAAUUUGGGAGGCGAACUGUUACAUCUAAUGUUGGUGAAAGCAGUGAACAAAAGGUUGUUUGCGGGUUUUGAAUUAGGCUCGAUGGGUCGUUCUUUCAUGUUAUCACAUUUGCAAUUUGCGGAUGACUUAAUAAUUUUUAGCAAGGCAUCUACUCAUGAUUUGGUGAAUAUUAGAAGGGUGCUUUUAAUUUAUGAAUUGUUGGUGGGGCUGAAGUUGAAUUUGAAUAAGAGCAGAAUUUUUGGAAUCAAUGUGGGGGAGGAGGAGUUAGCUUCUUGGGCCAAGGAAAUAGGUUGUGGCUCUUAUGGGGAAGUGGGUGUGGAAAUUUGCUGUAGAAAAUCCUCUUGGUGGAAAACAGUGGUCUGUUGUGUAAACAAUAUGGAUCCAAAUUCAAUGAUGAUCCGGAAUACUUGGACAUCACGUACUUCUUGGAUUUGGAGAGGAGUUGUUAAGAACUUCUUUUCAAGUGAUGCAUUUGGGGAUUUUUUUAGGAAAAAUUUGUGUGUUAGAGCUGGGAAUGGAGAAUCAGUGCAGUUUUGGUAUGAUGUAUGGUUGGGUACGGUUCCUCUGAAUGAUAGGUUUCCAAGGUUAUUUGCUCUGUCGAACAACAAAGGAGGGAAGGUUGCAGAGUUCAGGCUGUAUAAUGACUCGGAUGGGGUCUGGGAUAUUCAGACAAGAAGGAAUCUGGUGGAUUGGGAGGUUGAACAGUGGCUGCAGCUUAUCUCUCCCUUGAACAGUUACUCAUUAUCAUUAGUUGAGGAUGAUUGUUGGGUUUGGUUGGGAACUGGUGAAGGCUGUUUUACGGCAAAAUCAUCCAUGCAAUUGUAUUUUGAUAGAGAGGGUAAUGAUGAAGUAGAAGGUAAGUGGGAAAGAUAUGCUUGGAAGGGGGUAGCUCCACCACGAGUGGAAACCUUUGUUUGGCAACUUACUCAUCACAGAGUAGCGGUGAAGGAGGAACUGCUAAAGAGAGGAGUUACUGGGGUGGAAGACACUGUGUGUUCUUUGUGCAGGAAGUGUAAUGAGUCGGUCUCACAUUUGUUUCUGCACUGUGAUGUGGUGUGGGACCUUUGGGUUAAAUUCUUAAAGUUUUGGAAUGUUUUCUUUGUGAUUCCGACUAAGUUGAUGGAAUUCUUAAUUGCGUGGGAUGAGUUAGUUCCAAGAUCUUUCAUAUGGAAGUUUAUCCCUAGGGCUGUGUUGUGGUCGGUUUGGAAAUGUAGGAAUGAGGUGAUUUUCCAGCAAGGGAAGGUUGAUUUUGCGUUGUUGUUCUUCAUUACAAGGUUCAGAAUUAUUUCGUGGUUUAGAACUUCAUUUAAGGAUAUCCAUAUUCCUUUCGAUUCCUUGAUUGAGGACUUAAAAUUAGUAUACUGUAAUGGUAAUUUGAAUAAGAGGGCUCCUCCUCCUUCUAGUUGGAGUCCUCCUCCGGAAGAGAAGGUAGGGGGAGGUCCUCCUUUACUUGCAGAGCUUUUGGUGAUCAAAAGAGGGUUGAUUCUUACUGAGGAAGUUGGUUACAGUCCAAGCCAGAGGAUUAUUUUGGAAUCAGAUUCGACUAAUGCUCUAAAGUGGAUUAAAAAUCCGGACCUUAGUACUCCUUUAUUUAAAUCCUUGGUGACGGAUAUAGCUACUCAUGUGGAAAUGAAGGGUAUUAUUACAAGGCAUAUUCCGAGAGCUGCAAAUUGGGAAGCGGAUGAAUUAGCAAAAGAUGGUUUAGGUUGA